UCUUUCUUUGACUUUUUUCUGAGACUCUGGCUGCAACUUUGUGAGCCCUGCAAAAGACUUCAGAUCGUUUUCGUCGCAGAAAUCGGAAAAUACUACGAUGGCCAAUGAAGCGAAGCCAUGUCCCUGUCAUAUCGGCGACAGGGCGGACUAUGGAGGGCUCGGCCAGGAGAUCCAGCUCGAGCACACCAAAGCCUAUGUGGUGAAACCAUCCGCCGCAUCUGACAAGGCCAUCGUUGUCAUACAGGACAUCUACGGGUGGCAGCUUUCCAACACAAGAUACAUGGCCGACAUGCUGGCCGACAAUGGAUACAUUGCUGUGUGUCCUGACUUCUAUGUGGGAAAGGAGCCGUGGAGUCCAUCAAAUGACUGGUUCACAUUUCAAGAGUGGCUCGAAGACAGAAAUCCCACAGGAAUAAACAAAGAGAUGGAUGCAGUGCUGAGGUUCCUGACGGAGCAGUGUGGGGCCAAACACAUUGGAGCUGUGGGCUUCUGCUGGGGAGGGGUCGCCACCCAUUACCUUGCCCUGCAAUAUCCAGAGAUCAAAGCAGGAGUGUCAGUCUACGGGAUCAUCCGUGAAAGAGAAGACCGGUAUGAUCUGAAGGUUCCCACACUCUUCAUCUUUGGGGAGAAAGAUGAGAUAAUCCCACUGGACCAGGUAAGUGUCCUCGAAGCAAAGCUGAAGGAGAAAUGCACAGCGGAUUACCAGGUGAAGAUCUUUCCCGGUCAGACUCAUGGGUUUGUCCACCGUAAGAGAGAGGACAUGAACCCCACAGACAAACCCAGCAUCCUGGAGGCCAGAACAGACCUGCUCAACUGGCUCAACAAGUACAUGUGAAUAAGACAUUUGAGUUAAAUUGGUGACAUUCCAGUUUUGAUUAAGUGAUUUUUAAUGUUAAUAAAAUAUAAAUAUUAAUUGUAGCAUUCAAACUCAUAUGCACUUUUGCUUUGAAAUAUGGAUGCAGCAUGUUGUUUUGUUAAUGUAAUCUUUAAUGUGACUUAUGCAUCAGUUCACCAACAUUUGUUGUAAAUGUAAUGUGCACCCGGCAUGAAAUAGACAGAAAUAAUUUUUUGGGGGCUAGAAAUCAGAAAUACAUUCUGUAAAUGUCAAUGGACCAACAUUUUAAUGGUGAUUUCGAUACCACAACAGCUUGAACAUUUUGUAUCAAAUGAUAAAUAGCAAUAUGCAGUGCGGUUUGGACAUGGUGCUCGGGGAAGUGCCUGAAACAGCCCAGAAAUCUUAAAGGAAUGCAGGAGGCCUUCAGUCCUCGCUCUCUCCCGGGCCUCGGAUGUCGUCGAUCUUUAGGAUCAUCCUGACUACCUGAGUAGCCAGUGAGAUCUGCUGUUUCUUACCAAUCAGGGUCUCAACCACAUGUUGCUGCUUCAUGUCUGUGGAGGAGGAAACAAAACCCAUUAAAUAUCAUGUUGUUAUCUUGCGUUGACAGUGCAGUGUUAUCAUUGUCUGACCCUUGCUUCCUUACCAUUG